GGCAGGGCGGGAGCCAAGGAGCCUUAAGAGCCCGCCUUUCUCAAACAAAUAAAGGUGGUAGCUGCGGAGUCAGCGGGCGGAGCCAAGUUGACCGCGACUCAUGCUGUCGCGGGAACGCCGGAGGUGGAGCCUCACGUAGCGAGAAGAUGACUCGAAGUUGCUCGGCAGUGGGCUGCAGCACCCGAGACACCGUGCUGAGCCGGGAGCGCGGCCUCUCUUUCCACCAAUUUCCAACUGAUACUAUUCAGCGCUCAAAAUGGAUCAGGGCUGUGAAUCGUAUGGACCCCAGAAGCAAAAAGAUUUGGAUCCCAGGACCAGGUGCUAUGCUAUGUUCCAAACAUUUUCAAGAAAGUGACUUUGAGUCAUAUGGCAUAAGAAGAAAGCUGAAAAAAGGAGCUGUGCCUUCUGUUUCUCUAUACAAGGUUCUCCAAGGUGUACACCUUAAAGGUAAAGCAAGACAGAAAAUCCUCAAACAGCCUCUUCCUGAUAAUUCUCAAGAGGUUGCUACUGAAGACCAUAACUACAGUUUAAAGAGACCUCUGACAGUAGGAGCAGAGAAACUAGCUGAGGUGCAGCAGAUGCUACAAGUGUCCAAAAAAAGACUUGCUUCUGCAAAAAACUACAGGAUGAUCAAGAAGAGAAAGGGCUUACAACUAAUUGAUGCGCUUAUAGAAGAGAAGCUACUUACAGAGGAAACAGAAUGUCUGCUACGAGCACAAUUUUCUGAUUUUAAGUGGGAGUUGUAUAACUGGAGAGAAACAGCUGAGUACUCCGCAGAAAUGAAGCAGUUUGCAUGUACGCUCUACUUGUGCAGUAGCAAAGUCUACGAUUAUGUCAGAAAGAUUCUUAAGCUGCCUCAUUCUUCCAUCCUCAGAACAUGGCUGUCCAAAUGCAAACCUGGUCCAGGUUUCAACAGCAACAUUUUUUCUUUUCUUCAGCAAAAAGUAGAGAAUGGAGACCAGCGAUAUCAGUCUUGUUCACUGAUGAUUAAAGGUCUGUCUCUCAUGCAGCAGCUUCAGUGGGACCCCAGCAGUCACCAUCUGCAAGGGUUUAUGGACUUCGGUCUUGGCACACUUGAUGCUGAUGAAAUGCCACUCGCCUCAGAAACUAUUUUGCUCACGGCAGUGGGUAUUUCUGGUCACUGGAGUACACCUCUUGGUUAUUUUUUUGUAAACAGGGCCUCUGGAUAUUUGCAAGCUCAGCUGCUUCGUCUGACGAUUGGCAAACUAAGUGACAUAGGGAUCACAGUGCUGGCUGUCACGUCAGAUGCCUCAGCUCACAGCGUUCAGAUGGCAAAGGCACUGGGGAUACAUCUCGACGGAGACAACACGAAGUGUACAUUUCAGCAUCCUUCAUCUUCCAGCCAACAGAUUGCCUACUUCUUUGAUUCUUGCCACUUGCUUAAAUUAAUAAGAAAUGCAUUUCAGAAUUUCCAAAGCAUUCAGUUUAUCAAUGGCACAGCUCACUGGCAGCACCUUGUGGAGUUAGCAGCGCUAGAGGAACAGGAAUUAUCACAUAUGGAGAGAAUCCCAAGAAAACUUGCAAAUCUGAAGAACCACAUACUAAAAACGAAUUGUGCCGCCCAAGUCUUCAGUGAGAGCGUGGUCAGGGCACUAGAGUGUUUGCUAUCAUUAGGCCUGCCUUCUUUUCAGAACUGUGUUGGUACCAUCCACUUCUUACGCUUAAUUAACAAUCUGUUCGACAUUUUUAAUAGUAGGAACUUUUAUGGAAAGGGAUUUAAAGGACCUCUAUUACCUGAAACUUUUAAUAAAAUCAACCAUGUGUUAACUGAAGCCAAGACUAUUUUUGUUACAUUAUCUGACACUAGCAAUAAUCAAAUCCUUAAAGGUAAGCGAAAACUGGGAUUCCUGGGAUUUUUGCUUAAUGCCGAGAGCUUAAAAUGGCUCUACCAAAAUUAUGUUUUCCCCAAAGUCAUGCCUUUCCCCUAUCUCCUGAUGUACAAAUUCAGUCACGAUCAUCUGGAAUUAUUUCUAAAGAUGCUCAGACAGGUAUCAGUAACCACUUCUAACCCUACCUGCAUGGCAUUCCAGAAAGCUUACCAUAAUUUGGAGAUGAGACACAGAUUACAAGAUGAGGUCUUUCUAAGUGAAGUAAGCAGCCUUGACAUUUCAAUUGCUCGAAGGACAGACCUGGCCCUCGGGACAGUUCAGCGUGAGUAUGGUGUCAGCGUUAUAGAGAGUCUUUUUUACAAAGAGGAUAUUUGCCCAGACUGGUCUGACUGUUUGCUAAGUGAGGCAUUACUAGACCUGUCAGUUCGUAGGCGAAAUCUCACCUCUUGUGCUGGUUAUAUUGCCAAUAAGUUAUCAGCUCUUUUAACGUGCGAGGACUGCCUCAGUGCGCUGUACGCAUCGGAUCUCAAAGCCUCUAAGAUUGGAUCCCUGUUAUGUGUUAAAAAGGAGAAUGGUGUGCAUUUCCCUUCUGAAAGUUUGUGCCGAGUCAUAAAUACUUGUGAGCGAGUUGUGAGAACCCAUUCAAAACCGACAGUUCAUGAACCACUGCUUCCCAAACAGAGGGAAUGUUACCUUCAACAGAAAAUAUUAUAUGAGCUUUCUGGGCACAUUUAUCUUUUUGUAGAGUUAGAUGAGCAUCUCUUUGAUGGAGAAGUAUAUGCCAUCAAUCACUUUGUAAAAUUACUAAAGAAUAUCAUAAUCUGUUUCUUAAAGAUCAGAGCUAAAGAUAUAACUCAGUACUCCUUAAAACACCACUCAGAAAGAAUUGAGUUGAAAACUUUGUCAAGGAAAUACUGGUCAUCUUCACAGAAUUACAGAUGUUCAAGUUUUGCCAAUACCAAUAAAUUCAGACAUUUGCUAAGGAACAACAGAUACCCAUUCAAAUGAAGGACCUAAAAUAUAUUAACAUUUUUAUUAAAAAUAAUUGGCCAACAUUUUAAAAUUCAACUGACAAUAUUUUACAAAUUCUGCACAGUGGACAAGUUUGUGUUUAUGUCUUAGGAAUUUCUAUUAUGCACGUUAUCAAAUCUGCAUGGAAUUUGGUAGGGCUUGCAUUUCAGAGUUACCUAAAAAGUGAAAAGCGAGAAGUCAGUCAGAACAGACUAGCCAACAGGUGCUGUGUUUGAAUUUACCACUAUCCAACUGAGUAAUUCAACUGGACAUAUUUUAAAAACAAGUGAGAAUGGCAGAAACGAGCACAAUACUGUAAAACAAUUAUCCUCCAAUAAAAGUUUUAAAAGGUGAGAAUAAUGACAAAGGAGUUACUAAAACAUUGACUCCUUUUAUAAAGACUACAUUCCCAGAAAGAGAUUUGGUCUACAACUCUUAAGAAUAACACUUGAAAAAAAAAAGAAGACUGUUAAUCAGAAUACCUAUCAAACUGUGAAUAUAGUUUACUUACAUAUGAAAAUUAAGCCAAGUUAAAUACCAAACACUACCAAAAUCCUUUUGCUGGGGUACCUUUAAAUAGAAAUAAUUAAACUCUAUUAGGCAGAAGGUAAACAAACACAUGAGCCAUGAAAUGGACGAUUCCUUGUGCUACAACCAAGCUUGGAAAUGUUGUCUGGGGAGUAUGCAGGAGAUGUAAUUUUCACAGCCCAUUUGUCUGGACUUCAUACUACUACUUUGAAUAAAGUGGGUACUUGACUCCUAUUGGAGGAGCACAGUGCUCAUCAGAGAAUGAAAAGAAGCCUUUGUUUAACUUCUUCUGAAGAGGAUAAUAAUGAAACAUUUUCAGUUUGGAAUACUGUUGUUUCAUAUGUGAUAAAUCAGUUGGGGAAAAAACAGUCAGUUGGGAGAGUAUGAAAAAGUUUGUCUUAAUCAUAUAAUGAGAUUUUUCAGAAAUUUGGUAGAAGCUUAAAUAAUCUGAAGAUGAAAACAUACUAAGAACAAUUUUCUCUGUUCUCUCAUAUCCAGAUCUGAAAAGAUAAAAUAUGAUAACAUAUAGUUAUAUGUACUUUCAGAAAUGGUAUUUAAAUGGAAAAAAAAAUGAACACACACAUUAUUCACCUGUGUAUGUAAAAUAUCUCUUAUUGUCAUUAAUGUUCAUAGACUACAGUUAAUAUGAAGACAAAGUUAUAAAAGAUUAAGGACAGGUAAAACUUCAGUUUUAUUAAUUGAAAUUCUCCAUAAAUAGUAUAUUUUGAUAUAUUUCUGCUGGGUCUACCUCAAACAAAGGCUUCAGUUUUGAACUGUAACCAGAAUUGUCCUGUAUUGCAUUUUAUAAGGAGAUAUUUCUAAGAAGUCUGAAUACUGUGGGUUUGGUUUUGUUUGCAGUAGAAUGAGUUUAGAUGCACCAGGAUAAAUCUUAUUUAAAGGAAGCCUGUUUAUGUCACCACCUUUAACAUUGCUUAUAUAAAGUCAAGUUUUGUACUUAUUUUUGCUUAAAACUAGGUUCAUGUCUGUAGUGUCUUAUGUUCUCGCUGUUACAUCUGACCCAUGUUUUGUGUAACUUAUUAAAAUAGUGUUUUGCAUUUAUUUAAGUGCUGGGUAUAAACUGGACAAACCCUGAAGACAAGAAUUUUUCCAUCACUGCCACUAGCACAGUUAAUUGUUCUUGCCUUAGUGCGGCGUUCCAAGUCUGAUGUCAGAUUUACUUGAUAUGAUAUACUUCACAGUGAACUUUCUGUUCAUACUUGAUUAGGGUAAUUAACAGUUUACAGUUUCUACUCAGCACCCUUGUUCUUUCCCUUCUUCAGAGAAAACAAAUAUUCAGAAACGUAUCCUUCCUACUUUCAACAGAUAGUGCUGGAAUAACUGGAUAUACACGUGCAAAAUGUUAACUCUAAAUGGAGCAAAGACACAAAUGUAAGAGGUAAAACAACUCUUAGAUUAAAAUAGUGGAGACUUGGAUUCGGCAAUAGCUUCUUAGGACACCAAAAGUACAAGCAAAAACUUCAUCAAAAUGGGAAACUUUGUGCUUUAAAGGACACCCAUCAAGAAAGUAAAAGACAAGCUAUAGAAACAUUUUCCAAAUCAUGUGUCUGGUAAAGGACUUGUAUCUGAGUAUACAAAUAACUCAAUAAUAAAGGAUAAAACAACCCAAUUUUCUAAAUGGGUAAAGAAUACGAAGUUAUUCUUCAAAGGAGAUAUACGUGAAUAUGUGCUCAACAUCAUUAGCCUUUUGGGAAAUGCAAAUCAAAAUCACAAUGAGAUACCACUUCACACCCACUAGGAUGGCUGUAAUAAAAAAGAUAACAGGUAUUGGCAAGAAUGUGGAGAAACCAGAACCCUCAUACAUUGUUGGUAGGAAUGCACAUACUUUGGAAAACAGCCUAGCAGUUCUUCAGAAGGUUAAACGUAGAAUUGCCAAAUGACCUGGCAAUUCUACCAAUGGGCAUAUACCCAAGAGAAAUGUACAAAUUUUACAGCAGCAUUAAAAUAGCUAAAAAGUGGAAAAGUCCAAAUAUCCAACUCAUGAGUGGAUAUAUAAAAAAUGUGUUGUAUUCGUACAGUGGGUCACAUGGUAUAUGUUUUACAUUGUAACAAACUAUCUUUUGCUGUGAUGUACCAUGCAGUACAUUAACCAGAAAUAUAUGAAAAGUUCUAAUUCUCUACUUCCUCCCCAACACUUGCUAUUGUCAGGAUUCUGUUUUGAAUCAGCCGUUCUAAUGGGUGUGCCAUGGUAUUUCAUUGUGGCUUUCGUUUCUUUUUCUAAUGACUGAACAUCUUUCUAAUGAUGCUGAACAUCUUUGCAUAGGCUUAUCUGCCAUUCACUGUCAUCUUCGGUGAAAUGUCUGUUCAAGUCUUUUGCCUCUAUUUUAAGGAAGGUUGUUUUCUUAUUGAAAAGUUAAGAAAUAAAAACUAACAGUAAGUUAGUUAAA